UCCCCUUCCUCCCUGUGCGAGUCUAGUGUGAGAGAGGAAAAGAGGCAGCCCUCCGCUACCCUCUCCUCUCCCCUCCCCUCGCACAGAGAGAGGGGCCGAGGGGGCGAAGGGGAAAAAACAAGAGAAAAACAAAAUCCUAGGGCUCCCCCCUCGAUCCUCUCCGCGAUUGCCCCACCGAUUCGUCCAAUCCAAUGCCGCGCGCCUCGAGGCCCUCCAAUCCCCCGGCGGCGGCGGCGGCGGCCGCCGGCUCCGGCGCAGCCAAGAAUGUGAGCAGCAAUACUGGCCACUCCACCCCAUCUUGCAGCGCACCUGCUUAUAAGUCGUUUCGCCCUGUUACUCGCUCUAUGACCCGUGUGCCUGCUCCUAUCUCUGCUUCACCUGGCUUGAAGGAAGGAGGAUAUGCUAGCACGAGCUCCCGUAGAAGUAUUUCAGGUGCUUCUUUCAGCAUUCAAUCAGCUGCUUCACGGCCAACUGUAACUAAUGCCCGGACCCCUCAUAAAGUGACUUCAUCUGGUUGGAAGCCUCUUACUCAGCCUGUUGCUCUGAGUGAAGAGCAAAAAUUUGCAAGUCUUACUACUGCUAAGCGGUCCAGAGUUGAUUCCUCCCGAGCUGUCAAAGAUUCAACCAAUCAUUCGGCUUCCAAAGCUAACUUAAAUGUUCCAAUAGGCAAAAAGUACCGAGAUGAAGAAAACAUGAGCCAGGGCGAUCAGUUGGAUGGGGCAGUCAUGUCAUCUCCGAAGAAGAAGCUUCAAACUUGCAAAGACCCUUCAGAUUCACCUUCAAUAAGGAAAUCAACUAUCAGAAUCCUGGGUGGCCAAAGCGCUACUCCACUGCCCACAGGGAAGUCUGUAGUUGAAACUGUAAAGAAUCUUGCAAAUAUACCAGCAAAAGUGGUUUCUGCUAGUACAAACGACAUCGGUCAGUCAGUUCCAUUGCUUGCACAGCAGCAGCUACCUGACACCGCAAAGAACUCCAGUGUCAUCACACAAAUUAUUGCCAAUGAAAGGAGUCAAGUCAAUCAGUUGGCUGCUACAAUUGUUACAUUGCCCAGGCAAAACCUUCAAUCUGAUUAUGGAAAGAAGCCUUCCAAUGUGCCCCUAGUGAAGCCUUCAAAUGUACCCAUUGUGAAGCCUUCCAAUGUACCCAUAGUGCCUAACCAGGUCAGUGGGUUGGCUGGAGCAACUGCUCCGUUGGUUACACCGAAGUUAGAAAUCGGAAAGGUACAAAACACUUCCAGUCUUCUGUCGAACCCUGCUUACGCGAGGGCACUUCUAAUCAAGCAGCAAGAGCGGCUGCUACAGCAAUUUAAAUUGGGUAGUUCACAGCACCAGGAGCAACAGCAACAAAAUCAGCUCUACAUCAAAGGGCCAGCUCUGUUUGAGACUGACGAGGCGCCACCAGUUGAACCAUUGGGUACGAAGUGCCAGCUCUGCAAGCUUGAUGUCGCUUUCCGGCCACAAGGGGAUGCUGGCCGUGAUGCAAAUGCUCCUCCAGUUGUCGCAGUUCUGGCAUGCCACCAUGCAUUUCACAGCAGCUGCAUUGAGUCUAUCUAUGGCCUCGCUGAGCCUGCUGAGUGCCUGGCUUGCGUUGAGACUGGGGCAGUGCACUGAUGACUAACAAUAAGCAUCACUUUAGCCUGAUGGCUAUGAAAUAGCCUUAUAGAACAAAAAAUCCUUUUAGGUUGCAUAGAGAGGGUGAGGUCUCAUCUCUAUUGGUAAGAGUUUUCUUUGGUACAGGGGGGGCUGAAAUCAGAGUUUGAUACCUCAUUUCUGUUGGCUUCAGUGCAAUUAGCUAUCGUUGGAGUUUGAUAGAGAGCUGAAUCAUCAGACAUGUGCGUUAACUGUUUUGUUGUCAUUGGCUAAAAUCUGCAGUCUGACCUGAUAAUCUACCAAAUCGUAUGUUAUGAG